CAAUGAGACAAUUUUUUGAUUUUGAUGACGUUUUAGCGAUUGCAGGUUAGGUUAAAAGUCACCUUCACGUAAUAAUUUCUGUAUAAAUUGCUAAAUAACAGCGAAUUUUUCACACUCUAUGUAAUAAAAAUUUGCCGACUCAAAAAACCGCACAGUGAACCUAAUUACAAAGCAAACUUGUCAAACAUGUCUGUGAUUUUUCUUUCAAAACAAACCAAAGAGGAGUUCAAGAAGUUUUUCAGCUCUUUCGAUACUGUCCUCUUUGACUGUGAUGGAGUUUUAUGGCUAGACAACGAACCCAUUUCUGGUUCUGUCCCAGUUGUAAACAGGCUUCGCGAACUUGGUAAGAGAAUAUUCUUCGUUACAAAUAACUCGACAAAAAUGCGAAAUGAAUUUGCUGUUAAGGCGAAACGAAUGCAUUUUAAUAUUGAAACGGACGAAAUCAUAUCAACGGCAUACUUGGCAGCGGCCUAUUUGAAGAACAUGGGUUUUAAACAGUCAGUUUACGUAGUAGGCUCGAGGGGAAUCACCCAAGAGUUGGAUGCUGUUGGUAUCAAGCAUUACGGAGUUGGGCCAGAUGUUUUGCAAAACGCUCUCGUUCAUGUUAUCGAAAAUUUCCAAAUGGAAAGUGACGUAGGUGCUGUGAUUGUCGGCUAUGACGAGCACUUCUCAUACGUAAAAAUGAUGAAAGCGGCCUCUUAUCUAAACAACCCAAAUUGCAUUUUUAUUGCCACUAAUACCGAUGAGCGAUUUCCCAUGAGUACCGAUUUAGUCAUCCCAGGAACCGGGGCUAUUGUUGCAGCGGUGGAGACGUGUGCCCAGCGCAGUCCCAUCGUUGUGGGCAAACCCAAUCCAUACAUUGUGGACGAUCUCAUUAAAAAAUACGGAAUUGUGCCCAAAAGAACACUCAUGAUAGGCGAUCGUGUUAACACCGAUAUUUUAUUGGGGACACGAUGCGGUUUCCAAACCUUGUUGGUACUAUCGGGGGUUACAACGUUGAAAGAAGCAGUAGCUUUGAAAGGCUCACAUAGGAAGGAAGACAAAGAAAUGGUGGCUGAUUUCUACUUAGAGAAGUUGGGAGAUAUACUGCCACUUUUAGAUUAAAAUUUUAAAGUAGACCAAUUAGACCAAUUCUUAACUUAUUUAUUGUUACUAGGUAUCUUAACUACCUCCACGCAUCAGUAGAUAAGAAAAUGUCUGUUAACUCAGAUUUAAGGACAGUGUCAAAAUGCCAUAUAAAUAAUACUUUAUGUUGAA